AUGAAUAAUUUAUUCAAAUUUUUAUUUGUAUUACUUGCAAUAUUUUGUCCACCCAUUUCAGAUUUGGUAGUAUCUCAUGGAGUCCCACAACAGCACAUAACGAUUAUUAAAUUUACAACAAAUUUCGCAUUUAGAACUACAUUUUAUAAAACAAGCUCAUCAUCAAUUGUAAUUGGAGAAAAAAUUACUCUUGGUACUUUAACUUUUGGUGAUGGUUCAUCUACAUCAGUUAGGGCAUCUGUGACCAGUUUUGAUACCAAGAAUGAUUGGUUCUUUGGUCAAUUUAUCUUUACUAAAACCUAUACUGCCUUAACUCCAAACAACUCAAAACAAUAUCUUGCCAUGUUUACAUCAUGUUGUAGAAUUAGUACACUUCUCAAUAAUAAAGAUGCUGAUUGGAACAUUACUAGUAGUGUUUAUCUUGAUAACAAAAAUUGGCCAUCAGUAAAUCAUUCACCAGUAUCAGGUAUGUUACCAAUUGUCCAAGUUAUUGCCAACAAAAAUAAUAACUUCCGUGUUAUUGCAAGUGACCCAAAUGUUGAUGAUAAACUUUCAUUCUCUUUCUCAACCGUUUAUCCAAUGACCCAACCAUCUGGAAUGAAAAUCAAUAGUACUGGUCAUGUUUUUUUCUUACCAACUUCAGUUGGUCUUUAUUCUACUCAAAUUUAUAUCACAGAUGAUGCCGUUCCACCAGCAUAUGCCGUAGUCGAUUUCAUUUUAGAAUCAAUUACUGAACCAGGUAAAUGUGAUCCAAGUUGUUCCAAUGGUGGUGCAACAUGUAAUGGUAAUUCAGAAUGUAAAAAUUGUGCCAACGCUGGUUCAACAACUAGCAAUACUUGUUCAACAACUAAUUAUCCACCAUACUUUGUUUCACCAACCCCACAAGAUAAUCAAUUAAUUCCAUUCACUGUUGGUCAACCAAAUAGUAUCACACUCUCAUGUAAAUCAGAUUAUACAACUAGAACUGUCGGUAUCCAAGCUGCUAAUGUACCAGCUGGUGCAGCCAUUGCAGAAGGAACUUCAAGUCAAGGUACAGUUAAAAAUAUUCUUUCAUGGACUCCAGUCGCUGCAAAUGUUGGUGUUUAUGUAACUUCAAUCUUUUGUUAUGAUUCAAAUGGUUUAACAUCAUCAUCUCGUUCAUUUACAAUUUUCAUUGCUAAACCAGAAUGUGGUAAUGGUCAUAAAGAUCCUUCAACUGGUAAAUGUAAAUGUGAUGGUGAUAAAUGGGAUCCAACUUCAAAUUGUUUCGAUUGUAGUACCGGUUAUUAUGGUCAAAAUUGUGAUCCAACCCCACCAUGCGAUAAAGGUAUUCCAAAUGAAGGUAUUUUAGGUGAUGGUAAAUGUAUGUGUAUCAAUGGUUACAGUGGUGAUAAAUGUGAUGUUCCAUUAUCUCAAAGUUGUAAAGAUUUGAAAAAUUCUAUUCUCCUCUCCACCUCUGUUCCAUCAUUCUUUGUCAAUCCAACCAAAGUUCAACUAUAUAUCGAAAGUGAUUUCGCUUUAACUACAUCAUUAAACAUUCCACAAAAAUUAACAAAAAUUGACGUUUUCGUUUUAGUCGAUGUCAAUGUCGCCUCAUCAACUCUCUUUGGUGUUGUUCAAUCAAGUAUUUCAACAUUUGUCACUGAGGUUUCAAAGAGUAUUUGCGAAACAACUCAAUUUGGUAUUGGUUAUUUCAGUGAUGCCUCUUCAUCUGGUUUCAAUUUUGCUCCAGGUUCAAUCAUUGGUAGCAAUAUCGUUAAUACUAUCAAUGGUUAUGCUGUCUCAUCUUAUACUUCAACCUCAAGUGGUAAUUCACUUUUGGGUGCAACAAAUGCUGCAUCAAACUCAAAUGGUUGGAACUCUGGCUCCUUUAAAGCAAUUGUUGUACUUACCGAUAAAGAUCAUUCUUCAAACUCUGCUGCUAUAACUAAUUUCGUCAAUACUUACAUUUCAAAUUCAAUUGCGCCAGUUGUUGUUGGUUUUGGUGCCUCAUCAAUUCCAAAUUGGAAUUCAGCAAUUUCAACCGCUGAUUUUGGUUAUAGCACUGUCUCUGCUGCUACAUCCAUCGAUAUCUCUGCUAAAGCUGUAGCUGGUUUAAAGAGUGUUUUAUCAAAUGUUGUUUAUAAAACCGAUAAUACAACCAAUGGCGCUUCAUUCGUUAAAUCCACACCAUCAGAUGUCGCUGUAUCUUCCACCGCUGAUACCGUUAAAACCGUUAGUGGUCUUGUUUUAACCAAACCAUCAGCAACCUCAAUCGUAUCACCAGUUGCAUCAGUUUCAGCAAUUGGUUUUGGCCAAACUGAUUUUUCAAUCAAUUACAAUCGUCCACCAACUCCAACCGGAACUGCAUUCUCUGUAAAUCAAAAUUCAUUUGCUACCUUUAAAUUAACAGGUACUGAUCCAGAUUUCAAUAUUUUAACCUUUGCUUUCACUACCUUCUUAACAAGUGACGUUGGUGUUAUUACCGAUAGUAAUAAUAAAGAUGUUUCAACCCAAAAAAGUAAAUAUUACGAUUCAACCGAGACUUUCACCUUCACUCCAGCCAUUAACUAUUUAUUACCAAUCAGUGUUAGUUUCGUUGCCAAUGAUGGUUGUCUUAAUAGUACUACAUCUGCAACCGUUUCAAUCACCAUCAACAAAGUCAAUCAAUUACCAACUUGUCAACAAAAAACAAUUUCACCAACUUUGAAUGUUGCUAACAAAUUUGUAUUGAGUGCUUCCGAUUUUGAAGAUGCCACACCAUUCAUUCAAUUCACUAGUCCAACCGAUUUAACUGCAUAUGGUACAUUAACUUUUGGUGGUGUUGCUGUUACUUCAACAUCUAAAAUUCCAACUAGUUCUGAAAUCACAUUUACCCAAACCGUUAAUCCAACCAAUGCUAUUGAUGUUCCAGUAUCAUUCCAAGCUGUCGAUAGUGUUGGUGCAAUCUCUACAAGUACUUGUACAUUAACUGUUAAACUUGUUCAUACAAAUAUUAAACCAGUUUCAUCAUCAACAUCACCAAUUUCAGUAAUUCCAAGAGGUUCUGUUUCAUUAACUUUGGUAUCAACUGAUUCAGAUUCAACAUCUGCAAAAUUCACCAUUAAAUCCGUUAACAAGGGCGCAAAGGGUGAUUUCUACACUUGUUCAACCAAUGAUUGUACAUGUAAUUCUACUCAAACCAACAUAUAUACCUCUAUUUCUACAACUACAACCUACACAUCAAUUUCUUAUACCAACAAAGUAGCCAACAAACUUAUUUGUUUCACCAAUGGAGAACCUUCCGCAAUUUCAAAUUAUGCAUCCAUUUCAUUCACAUCAACUGAUAACCAAGGUUUAGAAUCAGAUUCUGUCAAUGUAGUCGUUAAUAUUGUUGGUAAUCGUACUAAUGUUGCACCAGUUGUAACUAAAAUUCAAGGUUACAGUGUUUAUCAAGAUUAUUUAGAUUCUGAUGCACAUGUUGUAACUGGUACCGAUGCUGAUAUCGAUGAUUACAAUCCACCAAAUGUUAAUAAUUUAAUUGCUAUAAUUACCACUCCACCAUCCAAUGGUAUUUUAGUUACUCUUCAAAAUGGUAGCAUUGCUGCCACUCAAGGAAAAGCUCCAUUCACUCAUUACUAUAGACCAAAUCCUGGUUUCAAGGGUACUGAUAGUUAUUCAUAUCAAGUUGUUGACACUUUCAAAGCUGGGUCAUCAAUUGAAAGUACCACCGUCACUGUUAACCCAAUUAAUCACAAGCCAAGUGUUGUUGUCAGUUCAUAUUCUUUCACAUCUCAAAGUGGUGAUGGUGAAACUCAAGACUUGGUCACCAGUGAUCCAGAUGGUGAUAGUGUUAUUUGUUCAGUUGUUUCCAUUCCAAGUCAAAUUGGUAUGUAUGAUUCAGAUGGUAAUUUAAUUGAAUCAGUUCCAACUGUUCUCUCUGGUACUUCAUACAGUUUCAAGUUAUUAGAUCCAUCAAAAAUUACUCCAACUCCAUUCACAAGUGUUUCAAGUUCAUUCGCUGUCAAAUGUACUGAUGUUACUACAAAGACUAUUCCAUUUGGUACAUUAUCAACUGGUGUAGUAACUGCUAAUGUUCAAUAUACUUAUAUUAAUACUCCACCAACUACUCAAGGUGGCACUGUUCAACUUGAUCAAGAUACAGUCAAAGUAUUCACUUUUAAUGGUUCUGAUAUUGAAACACCAAAAGAUGAUAUUAAAGUUAAAAUCCUUUCAUUACCAAUCAAUGGUCAACUUUUAAUUAACGCUACUGGUGUUGCUCUUACUACAACAAAUAUUGCUUCUGAAACAUACAACCUUAAUGCACUUUCAUACAAACCAAAUGCAGGUCUUUCAAAUUGGAAUACCAUUGAUCAACAAAGUCCACUCGAUUCAAUUUCAUACACUGUCAUUGAUCAACAAGGUCUUACAUCAGAUUCUGAUAUCGUUUACUUUAGUGUUAGACCAAGAAAUCCACCAGUUUAUACUGGUGCAAGAGUAAUUGAUGUUUUACAAAACACUCGUUAUCCAUUAACUAUCACUAGUAGAAUUGGUGGUGGUGGUUCUGAAGUUAAUAUCCAAGUUAUUGGAUUCACUAACAAUGGUACUUUAAGUAUCGCUCACAAUAUGGGUAGCGAAGGUACUAUGGAUUCAGAAAUUACAUCAUAUCCAAAUCAACAAUCUGGUUCAACUUCAUACAACUAUGCAUACAUGCCACCACGUAAUAAAUAUGGUAAUGAUUUUGAUUUCAUUUACUUCAAACUCUUUGAUGGUGAUCUUUACUCUGAACUUUAUACAGUCACUGUUAAUGUUAUUCAUGUCAACCAACCACCAACAAUCGAAUUAGUUAGUUACAAGAUUUUAGAUGGCGUUUCAAGUGAAGUCUUAUUUGAAAAUACUUCAUUAAUUAAUAUGAAUAUUAAUACCACUGUCCUAAUUAAAUAUUCUGGUAAUGAUAUUGAUGUUGAUCAAGUUACUCCAUUAAUUUCAAUGAUUCCAAAUUUCCCACUUCGAGGUUCGCUUUACGCUUAUAAUCCAACUGCUUCAAAUUCAUCAGGUGCGCCAAUCACUCGUAACUCUUCAAAUGUUGAACAAAAUGCUGAUGGUUUUUACUAUGUCGUAUUUGUACCAUCAAAAAAAACCUCUGGUGAAAGUUAUGCACGUAUUACAUUUAUUAUGACUGACAAUGGCGGUCUUAAUUCACCAAUCGUCGGAGUGUUAAUCAAUGUUAAUACUGUCAAUAUUGCACCAUUUGUAAUCAUUGGUAACAAAAACUACACAACUCAAACCAAUUUAACUGCCUCUGUAAUGGGUGUACAAUUUGAUGAUCCAGAUUCUACAACUAACAAUGUUUCAAUUGUUGUUUCAAUAGUUGGUCAAAAAGAUGACAAAGUUGCAUCACUCAAAGAUAUUAAACUUUCAUUCACUCAAUCACCAAUGUGUGAAUAUCAUCAAACUUUAGCUUCAAUCACAUGUAUUGGACCAAAGAAACCACUCAACAGUUCAAUUGUUUCAAUUUCUGUUAUCGCAUCAACUGCUGGUGACUAUCGUCUUAAACUCUUUGUUGAUGAUUUAGGUUACAAUGCACCAUCAGCCAUUAGAGCUCAAUCACAUUUAAAUGCAACUGGUUAUGUUGAUGUUAAAGUUAAUGCACCAGAAGCUACCACACAAACCACUAAUAAUAAGACUGUUUUAACAGGUGCUAUUGCUGGUGCUGCCGCUGGUACUGCUUUAAUUGCUGCUGCUGCUUGGAAAUUAUUAAGAAAAGCUGCACCACCAACUGAUACUUUCUUUAGUGAAGCCGCUUUCCUUGGUGACGGUGUUAAUGCCAAUCCACUUUACGAACAAUCUGCAUCUGCCGCUGAAAAUCCACUUUAUCAAUCUGCCUCUGAUAAUACUGACUAA